AUGGCAGCAUCAGUAACCACAGCAAAGAAAGUAAGGGUGGUAGCCAUUCAUGACUUUGACCCACUGCAAGCUGAUGCUAUUUUAACACAAGACUGCCUCAAGAAUCCACCCAACAUACAGGCUCAGUUACCACUAUCCAGAGGUCAAUGUCUUGAGAUUCUGACCAAGAAUGUAAAAUCUUGGUGGCUCUAUGUAAGAUGUGUUUUCAGUGAAAAGGAAGGAUUCAUACCAAGCAUUUGUGUUGUUCCUUUGAGGGAGGAUGUGGAUGAUGAGAAGUUAGUACAGUGUACAAAAUUUGAUGGUAUUGUCUUUGCAUUAGAUAACUUUACAGGCCUGUGCUUGCCCAAUCCCAUCUAUUGAUAAGUGGAGUAAUCAUUCAGGUUUCCCUUGCAUUUCUUUCUUGCUUGCCUGAUGUUUUCCUUUCACCCCCAAACUGACUGAAUACAUCUUGCUGGAGGGUAAUAACUUCAACAAGCCAGUGGUUAACCCUUAAACCCCUAAGAGUGAAUACUAUCUAAUUCCUCCUUACAAUAUCACCCCUGAAUCAAAAAUUAAGGUUACAAGAAUAAAGAAAAUGACCAUCAAAUUAAGAAGCUCUUGAUUAUUAAACAAAUUCUCCUUGUCAGCACCUUAGAGAGAUUGUAGAGAACAGAAUGGAGAAUAUGCAAACUGAUGUUAGGGUGUAAAUGGUUAAGUAUCUAUCUGGGAACCAAAGAACAAGUGUAGGUGAAUUUUUGGAUUAGCUGAGAUAAAUUUUUUUUUUUAAGGGGGCUUUAGGAACAUUUGUAAGAAGCAAACUUUAAGAAACAUUAUAAGUCUGGUUGCCAACACUCGAUGUUCAGUUACAUGGGUGAUUUUAGCUGGUCCAAGCUUGAAGGAAGAAGGUCUUUGAUGUUAUUUCUUUGAUGAUCAAACAUAACUUGUGUUUCAGGCCAGCGAAAUAUUCUGGAUUGUAAAUAAUGUGUUUAACCUUAAAUUAUGGCAAUGUAUUUUUUUAUUGCAGGCUUCAUAAUCUUGUUAAUGGUGGCCAGCUGUCAUCCUCUCUGGUCAAUAGACAGGUGGAAUCAAAGUUCUUUCCAAAUAUCCUGAAUGUUACUAAUAUAUCCAGCAAAAAGAUUGAAUCAAGGAGGGUGAGUACACUCUUUUUCUUUCAAUUUUCCUGUUGUUACUUGCAGUAAGCGUGUAAGUGUAACACACAGUGGCCUGAUGGUUAGUGUGCUAAUGAAUGUGGGAUGAGAGGUCUGGGUUUGAGACCUGGCCAGGUCAAUGUGAUGGACCAGCUUCCCAUUUUGAGGGGGGUAAUGAUUCCCUAUUCCCUUCUUGUGAAGAAAACUAGGGAUAACCUUUUGCUGGAUCAGGGAAUUGAGUACAGACUAAUGACUACUUGUAUUUACUUUGUUAAACCUAAACAGUAAGGUUUGAUUUAGUGAAACUCAUUUCAAUUUUGUGGUGGGAUCUACUGAAAGUCAUUGGACACUGACUCACAACAAUUAGUUAGGAUUUUUUUUUUCAGAUUUGUAAUUGGCUCAAUUUGUGAUCAUCAACAGCCAGAUACAAAGUGCCCAUAAAGUUAAUAUUAAAUAGCAUUGACACAUAGGUAAUGCAUGUGGGUGCCAUUAGCAUGAUUUCCAUUCAUUUCUUCAUUUGGAUGUGUAUUCUUCAAGUUUCCAAUGUCUCUCAAAUAUAGUCACUUGAAUGUCUAAUAUAUUUGUUACUUAAUGAUAGUAAUUAUCAGAAAUAGAGUACAUUUUCAUGUUAGUUUAAGUUCCAUAAAACUAUUUCUUUUAGAAGCCAUGCCCUGAGGAGAAAGCUAAUAUAUUUUCACGCUUGUCAUUUUGGUGGCUAAACAGGUAACUACUCAUUCCCCUUGAAAUUUUGAUUUCUCUUAUCAUGGUUGUAGAUAAUUUUCAGCAAAAAUUUUUACAAUUGUGGUAAGCUAAUACUCAGUCAGGUGAUUAGACAGUAAAAAUGUCUAUUGAGGUGAAAAUUCAGUUGACAUAAAAUGUGGUAAAUUUUGAGUAUAGUUUGUUAAUGAAAAAUUUUCUUAUGGAGCUUGUUUUUAUCAUAACCAUUGCUCAUUGAUAUGAGGCAAAAUUUAUAUGUUUAACUUAGUCUUCAUCUUAUCAACGUUGCACUUCCAUUAACAUAAAGUGCUGUGAAAACCAUUUCCUGAAGUAAGUACGUAGUGAUAAUUCUACAUACAUAACAUGUUUUUGCAGUCUGAUUUUAACUGGCUUUAAAAGAGCACUGCUGGACAGUGAUUUAUGGGCACUGGAGGAGGGAAGUUUGUCUCACAGUAUUGUGCCAAGACUUCAGAGUGAAUGGGAGAAAGAAAUAAGGAAGUGUCAUGGGUCAGUGAACAAUGUUUGUAGGAAUAAUUUUUAUUACUAUAAUUUUUAUUAUAAGAUUAUUUUAAUUAUUUUUACUAUUGCCACCAUAGGACUACAAACACUGUACUUGAUAGUUUAGACAGAAAUGGCAAGGAAGCCCAAAGAGACCAUGGUGCUUAUAAAGUACAGUCUUCCUUAACUGGUAUCAUUUUAUUUGCAAAAAUGGAGAGAUAGUGCAGUCUGCAAUCAAACAGAAAGUCAGAUUAUUGCCUCUGUUAUCUCAGCAGAAACAGAGCACCACGUUCUAAUGACGAGGACUUUGAAAAGAAUCAUCUUCAGAGUGCCAGUGAUGUUGCAUUUGUUGGAAAAUGCAGAGAGCCCUCUCUAAUCAAAGCCAUGAUACAAGUAUUUGCUCCUUACUUUGUGAUUGGCGUUUUCUUCAAGUUGCUGAAUGACAUUCUGUUGUUCGUUCAGCCGUACCUUUUAGGGUGGGUGAUUACUUUUUGUAUUGGAGCAAUUUUCAAUUGAAUCUCUAUAGUAAUGCAGGAUAGCAUUGGUUUUGCUUUACCUAGCUCUGUGUGAUUGGUCCAGAAAAAAUUGCACCACUCAUCUCAACCAAUCAGAUGCAAAGCUUGAAACUAAUCACGACUUGGUCGCCCACGUUUUCCCGCGCUUUGAGCAGUUGGGUUGUCUAACUUGGGUUCUUAUUGGUUCUUAAAGUUAUUUUCCUUUCCUAUGAUUCCCAGUGUGAUUACUUUGCCUUUGCUUCUAAGACAUUCAAUCGAAAAGCGCCCUAAAAGUGCUGAAAAAAAUUGAUUGAAAAGGCCUUCGGCUCGAUGAAUUUUUGAGGCCUUUUUUUCACAAGAGCUGAGUGCUAAAAUGUCACUUAAUUUUUAAGUAUGCAUGUGACACACUUUUGAGUAUGUUUUUUUUUCUUUUGGGUUUUGUGUCUCAAUUUGAAAAAUAACUGCAUAACAGAUACUUCAAGUUCUAGAGUGACACAAUUGAUGUUUGAUCUAGAAAUAAAAAUGAAGUAAUGAAUGGUUUGGCCAGGCGACAGAAUAAACUGAGUGAAUGAGGUCAUAAUAUCGUGAACUUUUUUUUGUCAAAUCCUUGGAAUUAAUAUGCUACCCUAACAAGAUACCUUAAAUUAUGCUAUAUAUUGUUUUUGUAUAGUCUACGAGCCAGCUUCGAUAUCACGGCUGCAAGACACGUGUUUAUCCGUCCCUGGGAAGGUUUGAGACGAGGUGGGGAUAGGUUUGCCGGAGGUCUGUCGGCAUUACUCAUCAACAGUGCUAGGCCCGUUGAAGACCUCUCACUGACUCGAGUUGCUUGAGGCUAGAUACUUUCCCGCGGGCGAAGAAACACUCGUGCUGAAGCACUUUUAAUUAGGGUUUUCUCGCAAGCUAGAUUUAGCUGAGUGCACGUUUCUUGUGUAAGACGAAAGAAAAAUCGUGCAAAUUUCCCAGGCUAUUGCAAGUACGUUGCUUAAAUUCUUAAAAGAUACAGCAACAAGGUAGUUUACUUUCACGAGCUUACUCCCAAUUGGUCUUUUUCAGACUCCUAAUAGACUAUACAGAAGAUAAGGGUAACGAUGCAGACAGAUGGAAAGGCUAUGUGUAUGUUGUCGUCCUUGUUAUUGUGGCAAUCCUCCAGCUGACGGCAGUGCAGCAUGCACUGCACAUUGCAUUCAAAUCAGCAAUGAGAGUUCAUACAAGUAUUGUUGGUGUUGUUUAUGCCAAGGUGAGAGCAUUUGUCACCCGUAACUGUCUCUUGUACACCCAAGUAUUGGCAUGUGUUGUUCAGAUCAUCAAACGAGUCACGUCUUUCCCACGUAAGACUCAAGAUUAGAUCGCGCGGGCAAGGGUUAUUUUGAACACAUUAAACAUUGUUAUGUGCAAAACUGCACUGAAGUUCUUGCGGUUUUAAAAUCUCACUAGAUGUACAGUGGAACAUUUUAUUCCAAUUCACGCCUCUGUGGUUUCUCAUAGAGUGGUUGCUGAUUUCCUUUUUAUAGGUAAACCGUGAUAUUUUUUGUUCUUCAUUCUUUCGUCGCAAAGUGCAAGGAUAAUGACUCAUAAAGUGGAGGAAGUUGUGAAAUAUGAGCUUCGUAAUUAAUAGGUGGAACAAUGUGUUGAAUAGAACGAAGAGGAUAAACUAGCAACCAAUGAGGAUAACUUUGGAUAAAGAUGAUCCACAUGGAUUUCAAACUGAAAAAUCCAGGCAAAAUGAGUCGACUCGCAAAAAAUCAUUACGCAGCAUCUCUAUGUAUUUUUUUUUUUUUAAUUUUUCUGUUAAUUCACCAGGCUUUGACACUAAACAGCCUCUCAAAAAGGAUAACCACAACCGGUGAAACAGUCAACCUCAUGGCUGUGGACGCUCAGCGUGUCAUGCGUCUGGUUGAAACCCUCAAUCAACUGUGGUCAGCGCCCUUUCAAAUUUGUGUUGCCAUCUACUUUUUAUAUGUCACCAUGGGAGUGGCAGUCAUGGCUGGACUGGGCACGCUGCUACUAUUAGUGCCGCUGAAUCUUCUCAUAACGCGUUUAGUCAGAAAGAUGCAGGUAACAUGAAAGAAGCGACCUUCCGAAAAAACGUGGAGGAAAAAAAUAUCGAUCGUCAUCAAAAUCCCUAAGAGGUUGUUUCUCGAAAUGAAGGUGUCAACCCCCCCUGAAAUUGCAUCUUUAACGUAGUUUCCGUGUGCUGUAAGAAGCGACGGAAUCAGUGGAUGUUACAUACUAUCUCUUUUUAUCUCCUAGCACCCUUAAUUAUGGUCACAUGAAUAUUGUAAGUAGGAAAGCAGAGCUUAAUUCGGCUACUUUCCAAAGCAUUUUCCUCAUUAUUCGUGAUAACAAUUCUGUGUGUUUUCAUACCUAUCUUUCUCAAUUUUAAAUUUGAAUUGCGACAUCACUGAGUCUAAGCACCGGGUUUAAUAUUUAAUAUGCGUUUUGUUUCACAGGUGAAGCAGAUGGCAAAUACAGACGAACGCAUCAGAGUGAUGAAUGAGGUUCUUAGUGGAAUCAAGGUACGAUCCGGCUUUGUGUUCUAGAUAGGAGAAUUGCUAGUAGUUGAUUGAUUUUUGUAAUGUAAUCGUAAAGACUGAGUCCCUAACCAAUGGUGAAUUUAGUUUUAUCUACUGAGUUGAUAAUGUCAGGUGGCUACCGUAAUUGAGCUGACAUUUCGAGUCUUAGCCCUUUCGUCAUCGCCCUGACGUAAGACUAACGCUCGAAAAGUCAGCUUUACUGUGGCCGACUCACAUUAUUAACACAGAUGAUGAAAUUAAAUUAUCUUGUUAUACACCAAACACAGCUUCUUUAGAAAAUUACCCCCUUUUACCCAUUAGUUUGGUUAGUUUGGCAAUGGUUUUUUGUGUUGAAUGCUAGCCACAGCGUUGUUUCGGGCAAUAUUUUAACUGCAUCAAGCCUUCAUUCAUGCAUGUGUUUCUACACUCUUCUCCUGUCAUAUUUGCUUUCAUUACUUAUUGACCGUUUUUGUUUUAAUCCAUCUCUACUCAUCAGGUUCUGAAGCUGUAUGCUUGGGAAGAAUCCUUCAUGAAUAAGGUCAUUUCUGUCAGAAAUAAGGAACUGCAUCAUCUGACCAACAGCAUGUACUUAGGCGCAGCUGUUUCAUUCACUUUCAUUUGCGCUCCUUUUUUGGUAAGAAAACUCAAACUGCAUUAUUUCAGAAUUUACCCUUUGGGUUGUCGUUGCCUUGGCCUCGAGAGGCUUUUCAUGAAUGGUUCGACUUGUUGGGGUCAGAUUCCGUCGGAAAAAUCUGAUGGUAUUCAGGGCAGGGCUGCAGAACGCUUUAAGCCCUAGCAUCUGAGAGACAGUGACUCCUUUUGGCUACCAAACGAUUAGUCAACCGUAUAGAUUUUAAAUGAAGUUGUACAAGGACAGGAAAAGUUUUCUUUGUUCUAAUUUCUCUGCUGUGCUCUUUAACAGGUGUCUCUGGCCACAUUUGCGGUAUACGUCCUUCUUGGUAAUGAGCUGACUGCUAAGAAAGCUUUUGUAGCAAUUUCUCUGUUCAACAUUCUUCGCUUCCCUCUUAUGAUGUUACCACGAGUAAUAGUGAAUGUUAUUCAGGUGAGUUCUGAUUUUGUACAAACAGAUCCGUUUUCCUAUCACACCUAACUUUGUACGAAAACGAUGUGCGAAUUCUGUUACGGGUAAAAUUGCCUUUAAGUCGUGUAGAACUGUGACAGUUACAUGUACGUCUUAGAACUCAACGUUGAAGUCUCGUUAGCGCUUUGUUCUUACAAUUGUUUCCAUUGUGUUAGGCUCAAGUUUCCUUUCAUCGAUUGGAGCAAUUCCUUGGACUUGAAGAAUUGCAACACGAAAAUGUCCAACGCAAUAUGCCGUCACACUGUAAGUUUGAACGACCGGACGCACUUUCCACGUAACGUUCGUUUUAGAUGAAGACACAUUUUAGCGCUAAAAUGCUGAAACCUUUCACCCCCGUAAAGCGAUGGGUGUCAUCAUUGGUCAUCGGGGGCAUUAUGGGGCAUGACCAAUCACAUCUCAGAAUAUUGAUCUACGUGGUAAAAACUAACCGAUUAUUUGGCUGAACUGGCAUUCAAGAUGGCGAUUUGAUUUUUAACACAAUCAUACGAUUGGUAAAUUUCAUUCCCUCUAGAAAAAGGAGAAGUACUCCAACUCUCAUCUAUGCGAGUUAGUAUCCAGUGCAUACCCAUUAAGUAAUUUUUUUUUUUGCCAGCUUUGAUCAAGUCAAUCUUUUUCUCCCUGUAGGUUCUAACCUAGCAAUUUUUGUGAAAAAUGGUUCAUUUUGUUGGGACAGAACCGAUGAUAUUCCUGCUUUGAGAAAGUAAGUAAGCUUCAGAUUUCCAGUGUCUUGUUUCAAUUAAACAGAUCCAUGCAUAGUUUUUGUUUGAUCAAAGUUAACGUAGAAUUUAAAGCGAUUCUCGUUCAUCAUAUCCUAAUAUCAUGAUUAACUGGCGAGAUUUUGGUUAUCUAUUCUGGGCCUCUUCUUGGUCUACAUGCGUAGAGUAGAUCCCGAAUCCAAAAGAUUCUGAUCGCUUCAGCCUUCUCGUAAUGAUACAACAUUUUGGAACGCUACCCAUCUGUAUGAAAGUGUUCUGCACUCCGCCUCCUCACAUUUCAAGGAAACGAUUACACUUCCCUAGAUAUCUGUGUCGUAGCUUUACUGGAAGUAUUCAUCAACGAAUUUUUCCUGCAAAAUCGCGUAGCUUCGAUCACAUGCUGUUGGGAUUUUCGUCUUUUUCCUCAAGAGGACCAUAAUGACAAUUUUACUGACCUUUUUAAAUGAAACAGAUCUUUCUUGCAAAAUCGCGUAGCUUCGAUCGCGCGCUGUGGGGAUUAUCGUCUUUUUUAUUGACCUCUCUAAAUGAAACAGAUUUUUCCUGCAAAAUCGCGUAGCUUCGAUCACACGCUGUUGGGAUAAUCGUAUUUUUCCUCAAGAGGACCAUGAUGCCAAUUUGACUGUCCUUUUUCCUUUUUUCUUCAAAGCAUCAAUUUAAGCAUUGCCACUGGCUCACUUGUGGCUGUGGUCGGUCAGGUUGGUUGUGGAAAGUCAACUCUGUUGUCAGCUCUCCUCGGAGAAACAAAUAAAAGCGAUGGAAAAGUUUUUGUGCAGGUUUGUUUCUACACAUUUCAAGGUCACCACAUUUGUCCACUGUUUGUGAUAGGUUGAUCACAGGAGCUCAUACUGGUAACCCACUUAUACGUCUUGUGAUGGAUAAGUUGAAAAGUUGCCCUUUAACUUUGAAAAGCAAUUAACUUGGAACCUAACAUGCAGUUUCAGUUCGUUAAACAACAAACAGGUCUAGAGACUAAACGUAUGUUUAUCAACAAUUAGGUGUUUUAUCGAUCCACACCAAUUUUCUAUUUUUAAGUCUACUAGAAAAUGUAUAUGACAUGGAAAGGAGAAAUAUAAAAGCUAAUAAUCCGACCUUGGGAGUUGAGGGGUUACAUAAGUAAAGACUUUACUUAGCACCACGGCUAAUGGCCUUUCCUCUGUCCUCCGUCAAAAAAUCGGUUUCCCUUUUUUCCUUUUUUUGAAAUAUUAGGGAACGACUGCUUAUGUUCCGCAGCAAGCUUGGAUCCAGAAUGCAACACUUCAGGAAAACGUGCUGUUUGGUAAUCCACGUGACUCAGCACGCUAUAAACAAGUGAUUAGCGCCUGUGCCUUGGAACCUGAUAUUCAGGUUUUACCAGCAGGAGACAUGACGGAGAUUGGUGAAAAGGUACAAAAUGACCUCAUUAGAAAUAACAACAACAACCGAUAACAACAAAAACAACAACAAUUGACAACAACAAAAACUACAACAGUGACCGCACUUAAUUUAUUCUUCGUUUAACCUGAGUUGGUGACAUAUGGGGUUUAAGUGGUUACGUUUGAGUCUAAUCUUGAUCCAACCAUUCCUUGCAGAAUGUUUCCAAUGAAACUUAGCCUAUCAUACCGAUUGCGUAUAUGAAUAUCGAGAGCAAAUGUCACGCGGGAUCGGGAGGUGGUCUUUUCUUAAACUUCCUUGUGACUGGCUAAAGGUUGCGUCCUCUCAUGCUUACUCUUGUGGCAACGGUCACUGAAAAUGUGUUGCACUUUGGUUGAAUGCAGAAGGUGGAAAGCUCCAUGUAGCGCCUUUCCUUCCUCAACGUACUUAUCACCUUUAACCCUUAUUUAUAUUUUUUGACAUUUAGCUAGGACCUCCCUGAAAAUCAUGUUUGUACGAGCGGAGCAUCCUCAUUAAAGAUCCCUUCUCACUCUUAACUUCCAGAAGCGAUUAACAUGUAACCUCUCCUUCUAAUAUCCAUACAUUGUCCAUCAAACAAGUAAUAAGAAUACUAAAACUUGUCUAGGAGAAGUUGUUAUCUUGAUCUUACACCAAAUUCUUGUAACCAAAAUACUAGGAAGUGUGUGGCAGCUAGAGGGGAUAAUUAACAGUUAGAUCUUGGGAGUUAAAGGGUUAAAUGUGUAUUUAUUUAUUUAUUUUUAAAGGGUAUAAACCUCAGUGGUGGGCAGAAACAGCGUGUAAGCUUGGCUCGUGCUGUGUAUUUCAAUACUGAUAUAUACCUGUUGGACGAUCCACUCAGUGCUGUGGAUUCGCAUGUUGGAAAACAUAUAUUUGACAAAGUUAUUGGACCUCAGGGACUGUUGAAGGAAAAGGUAAAAGCAUAACUGUAUUAAAAUAUUUUUCUGUAACGAGAGGGUGUGCUUGUGUUUGGCCAAAAGGACAAGAAUACUUCGGGCCAAUCUUCAACAGACUGCACGUCGAGGUUUGCGGCAAUAUUUUUCUACAGGUUUUAUGUUUAUGUCUUCAAAAUGACUGCUAUUAAACUGAAUAGUUAAGUUUUCUGAAGGAAAACGUAUGAGGUUCACUGUAUCAGUUUUUAUUGUAUAGUUCUAGUCAAAAGAGCUGAGUCGCUAAAAGAGAAUUAAAAUUUCAAUUUUAAUUAGUUAUCUCAGAAUUUCAGGCAACUCGCACUCAGAGCUCGUGCACGUAGCUUGCGCAGUAUCACAUUUAAAGGGCCCACAAUGUUGCCACCGAAAAUUUGCGCAAAUGUCUUAGACACGUGUGAAACGUGUUAGUGAAAUUGACAUUUUUAUCCCGUAGACACGUGUUCUAGUGACACAUGGUAUUCAGUUCUUACCAUUUGUGGACCAAAUAAUUGUCCUUCGAGAUGGUGAGGUUUGUGAGGUAAGAUUUAGGUUUUUUUUUUCCUUUUGUCCAUGUUUUUCCCAUUCUUAAACUUCUUGUGGGCUUUGAAACGACAAGGAAUUUAAACGGUAAAAGAGAUGUGAGAUGCUUCUCAGUAUAUUCUAUUGUCUCUGUAGGGGUGGAACACAUAUUCGCGUGAAAAGAUUUCUUCCCCCAUGUUAUAACCAUGAUUUGAUACCCAGUCUCAAUAGAGUUCACCAGUCGUACCACUGGUACCUAAUAACCCUUAUGUUUGUGAAAAUGACGAGCGUGGUACUUGCCCCUAUUGCGCCCCCUUAAUGUUUGACUGAAGCUAGAAUGUAUACUACAGAAUUAGAAUUCUGCAGAAGGACUGGGAUUCACGCCUACAAGUUGCAUUGCUUUAUGAAUUAUAAACUAACAGUGGGCGGAUAAAGCUGGAAUUAAUCCCUGUCAAAACCAGAUUAGUGCUAACUUCAAGCAAAUUACGACCUCUACUUUUCCUGAGCGAGGGAUGCGCCGGUUUAACUCGCACGUUCUCGUGAGUUUUGUAUUGCGGGAACUUUGCGACGUUAAUAAAUUAUUUUCGUUGUAGUUUCACGGUUAAUCACGGGAUCCUCCUGAAAACCACCUGCGGUGAGUGAGGCAAUUCCUCUUUCGAACGCUCGGUUAAGUGAACAUACGUCUUUCGAACGCUCGUUUAAAUGAACAUACGUCUUAAAAACGAAGGGAAAGUAGAAAAACUAUGGGUAGAAGAUUGGCAACCAAGUAAAACUUCUGUUUGAACCUCUGAAAUUCAAAGUGGUGCAUGUUUAUUAGAGCAUAUGAGACAGCGAUAAUUGUAAGAAAUGCACAACUAUAGCUAGUUGCAACGUUUUCUUAAGUAGUGAUUAGGAAAUGAAAGUAUAUUGAUUAAAACCUAUUUUCACGUUUGUCUCAUUAAUUUCUCGUUACUCUAAAUUAUCAACUUUCAACCUUUCACGUGUAUGGUGCAAUGACUCUCUAACAUGCUAAACGAGACCUGCAAUGACAUACCGAAUAGUUGAUAAUUUUCACAAGUCUUUAGGGAAUUGUAUCAACAAAUUUAUCUACUAGUUGGCUAAAAAACACAGACGUAGUAUAUACCUAUGACAAACUGAUAUAUCGAUUAUUUCUACCCAUCUUAUUCAGGAUGUUUGAAAUUCCUUCACAUGUGAAAAUGUUUGUUGUAGGUUGGUACCUAUACAGAGCUUAAAUCAUCUCAAGGGUGGUUUGCUGAAUUUUUGGAUAUCUACGCAGGAGAGAACAGCGGCGCACAGAGUAAGUUAAGCAUAAUGUCGAUUCGUAAUGCUCUAGUAUUUUAACUUCUUAUGGCGAGGGCGUUGACGAUUUAUUUUUUAAAGAAAGUUUCGCGAGCUGGCCUCUCCACCCUUACUCAAAGUUGAGAUCCAAGGCUGUUUUAAAGUUGACUGGAUGACUAAUUAUGAUGACUAACCAGCAUCGCUGAACCUCUUAGAUCCUUUAAUUGCGUAUGUGCUUGAACUGAUGCAUGUGAAUCAAAUUAGUACAUUCUUUAUAAGAAUAGGGAAUUUCCAAUAGUUGAACUGGUGUAUCCCUCUCUGGUGUAUCCUUUAUUUGUAAAUUAUUUUAUACUUUACAGUGGGUAAAGAAAACAUUGGAGAGGUUUCAAGUCAAGGAAAAUCUUUACAUAAAGGGAGAAAUUCUAGAAAUGUGGCCUACAAUCGAUCUGUCAGCUGUCAUCACCUAGGAAACGAGCUUCAUCCUCGUCACCAUUCAGCAAAAUCGCAGAGUGAAGUUAACUUAGCAAGGCUUAUCGUUGACAAACAAUCUGGAAACCGAUCUCCACUGAAAAAGUUGCUAGAUCUUGAAAAUCGCCACAGCCUUGUUAGUAUGCACUCGUUGAACAGUCUGUUAUCUGGCUGUGAAGGUUUGGACGCCAAUUAUGAAGUGGAAGAUGAGCCCUUAUUUGAUACUGCAAAUGAUGAAGACGAAACAGUGUCGUCUUUAGAUGUUCCACGAAAUUUCCAACAUCAGCGAAGUGUUGUUAGUGGCGCCUCGGUGAAUAGUUUAUUAUCGCUGGUAGAAGAAGAAGAAGGCACUAAAGACCGCGUUGAAAAACCACCAGUGAUUUGUAUUAACGAACCUGAAGACAGCCCUGGCGUGAGAGGAAAGGAAAAUGAAAGUUUACUCGCAAACGAAGGAACCGGGGAAAGAGAGAUAGUCGUCGAGAAAAGAGAGAAGAAAGAAAAAACAGGCAGGACAACCUCUGAUGAAAGGUCGCAGACGGGAAGGGUAGGUCUCUACUGAGUCAUUCGGUACCUUAAACGUUCGAUUUUGAUGUCUACAGGCCUUUUUUCAUUCUUGAGUCAUUAGCUUCUUGGGUCAUAAAUGGGGAACAGGUACGAUACGGUGGUGGAAACAUCCACCUUGCACCGCGGUGGUCUGGUUCGAUUCUGGAACCAGUUCUCACGCGUUGGUCAAUUUUUAACUAGUUCUCAUCCUUACUCCACGGGUUUUUUUCUUUGGGUUCUCCAGUUUUCCUGUCUUCAAAAAAGCCGACACCUUGAAAUCAACUUGGCAGGAUGUAGUGAAUAAAUUAAGCCGCCUCAUAGGUACCAUUUGCCAAAUCCAAUUUGGCGUUUAUUAAUCCUGUUUAUUUUACCUUCCAUUCAGGCUUCAUCAGAUAAGAAUUAAUCACUUUUUUUCUCAUUUUUAUUAACAGGUGAAGUUCUCCGUCAUAUGGGCGUAUGCAGGCAGUCUAGGCAUUCUCUGUUCUUUUCUAAUUCUCUUCAGCGGUUUUGGAGCUGAAUCAGCGAUCAUUAUGUCACGCAUAUGGCUUGCCAAAUGGAGCUCUACCAAUGUCACGACAUCACAGCAGCGUGACGCAUUCCUUGGAGUUUAUGGUGCAUUGGGGUUUGGGCAAGUCCUUCUUGUUAGUGCAAUGUCUCUUGUUCUAACGUACAGUGCAAUGAAAGCCGCCAGAAACUUACAUCAUGGACUACUUGUUAACAUUAUGCAUUUACCGAUGCAAUUUUUCGAAACUACACCGCUGGGAAGAAUUGUAAACCGCUUUUCCAGAGACAUAAACUCCGUUGACGAUAAAAUUCCACGCGCCUUGGGGAUGUUUCUCAGAACUUUCCUGACCACUCUUGGAACAAUUGUCAUUAUUAGUUAUUCUACACCUCUGUUUCUAACUUGUGUUUUACCACUCGGUGCCCUGUACGUAUUUAUUCAGGUAAGAGGUAUUCAACAAUAACAACAUAAGCAACAAAAAUAACAACAGAAAUUGUACGCCAAAACGCUCACAAAAUAGAGAAAGCUUUGAAGAUUUCAAGACAUUAUACAAUAAAACAAAAAAAAAACCAAAAAACAUAAGAAAAAACAGGAAACAGACAAAACAAAAACAAUUGAAAUUAAGGAAGAGUGUGAACAACUGUUACGAAUUUGGAAAGGUGAUGUUUCGUAGGUCAAUUCUUAGUCGGAUCAAUUGCUUAGUUUAUUUGUAUAUUUUUUAUUCCAUGUCGGUUUGUUUAUUUUCUUUCAUUUUCCUUUAUUUUACAAUAGAGAGCGUUCGUAGCAACCUCUCGUCAGCUCAGAAGAAUAGAAUCUGUCAGCCGUUCUCCAAUCUAUAAUCAUUUCUUUGAAACCAUCAACGGUACAAGCACCAUUCGCGCGUAUUCUCAGCAACAGAGGUUUAUUUCAGAGAGCUAUCGUAGAAUAGACGAGUCUCAAGUGGCACAUUAUCCAGCUAUUUCAGCAAACAGGUAUUUCUACUUAUUUGGGUUAAUUGGCCAAAGAUUUCUAUUGGCAGAUGAUUUUCACCAAAGUUUAUAGAUUAUGAGCUGUUUUCCUUGACAAAUUGAGGGCCACGAGUUUAUCAGUAUUUCAUACUGUCAAGUGUCAUUCUCGAAAAAUAAAGUUGAUUAUUAUUGUUCUUAAAUAUUUAUUGUUUUCUUCAUAAGGUGGUUGGCACUACGCUUGGAAUUCAUUGGAGCUGCCAUUCUGUUUUUUGCUUCGUUGUUUGCUGUAAUAGCAAGAGAGACCAUAGCCCCUGGCCUUGUUGGGCUGUCUGUGGCAUACGCAUUACAGGUAACCAAAGACGAAAGAUCGCAUCGUUCCGCCCAGUGCGAGAGCUGUAGUGACUUUUAAGACGGAUUAAUAAUGGUGAUAGGAUCGAGUAGAGUCCAAUUCGGUCAGUAAAGAUACAAGUGAUUGACAAAAUCGGACGACCCGAGAGCGGGAAUCCGAUUUGUUAAUUACGAGAAUGAUUACUGACAGAAUUGGACGACACAAAGUCUUGCUACCAAUUAGUCAAAACUAUGACAAAAUUUGAGAAAGAAACCAGACAUCGGUCAUACGUUUUCAUUUAAAAAACAACAUUUAACUCGGCGAAAAGCGAGGCAGCAGCGCGCGCACAUGACGCGUUCUGUUCACUUCCAUGGGCAUGGUGUUUUAACUGCCCUAUUACACUGUCCAGUUAGAAGCAUGACGCGCACACCGUCCUAUUAGUGCUUAAAUCGGGCUGGUGAUAACAAAUCACGUGCGAGAAAUUUGUUGUAGUGUUGAUAAUGUCUUUAGUUAAAUAUUCCUCCAUUUUGGAAGUUGCCUUGUUUUUCUUUGGAUAAGUGGUUGUUGCUAUGGUUAUUGUGAUCAAUUCUGUGAUUGGUGGAUUAAGCUGAGAGGUCUUAGUAUGAUUGGCUGCCUCAACUGUCCGAUUACAGGUGCCUGAUUACAGCCAACUGUGCGAUUACAACUGUACAGAAUGAUUCGUGAAAAUUGAAGCAGCUGAUGCACCAAUUACAUUUGAGGAAAUUGUAAUGGUUAUGAUUAAUUAUUGUUAUACAGCAACUGCUUCUCAUAAUUGGGCUGGACGUUUAACCCUAUUUCCAAAAUGGCCUUUUCACGUUACUUCACAUUAAACGAGUAGGCCUGCAAAAAUAAGAAUUUUGGUGAUUACAUAAUGUUUGUGUUGUAAUUUAGAAAUUUAGGAAAACUAAGGAAUAAGAUUAUCCAGUUAACUGCAUGUAAGGCGCCUCGAAAUUUUCUGUGUUCCUUUAGAGAAUUCUUCAUAAAAUUUUGAACACUCUGCGUUCUCUACAGAUCACAGGUUCACUAAAUUGGAUGGUGCGCCAGAGUAGCGAAUUGGAAACUAACAUUGUUGCGGUAGAGCGAAUUAAAGAGUAUUCAGCAGUUACUAGAGAGGUGAGUUCUCCGUUCUGCUUUAUGUAAUUCUUGCAAAUAUAGCGCACUUUCGAUUGCGUUUCACAAACCGGCCUAAACCCAAAGUAAUGAAAACACUGGUUACCAUUCCCGACCAGGGCACUCUUUUGGGUCUGCAGCAUAAAUUGCAUUUAAACACGAUCGACCUAGUAGCCAUCGAUUUUGGUAAUGAUUGGCCAGUUACUAUUAACACUUUAGUGAAAGUUCUUUAAUGGCACUCGCUUAAAGGAAUGAAAAACUGCAUAUCGUAACAUGGCCCUCUAAAUCUUGAAACUCGAUUAAAUGAAAUGUGGUGAUUUAUGUUUUACAGGCCGAUUGGAUAAUUCCCUCUCACCGUCCUCCUAGUGAGUGGCCUCACCAGGGUAAGGUAGAAAUAGAACACUUUGACUUGCGUUACAGAGAACAGUUACCUCUCGUGCUCAAAGACAUCAAUUGCACCAUUGGAGCAAGAGAGAAGGUGAGUUUUCUGUUACAGUAUUCCAGAUUACCCAGUUGAAAACGUAACGUUUACCUACCCCCAACAACAUACCCAACUCUUCUUGCGGAAGAAGUAAAUAGAUACAUAGGCGAGCGACGGCCUUACAGAAUUCUUGAUUCAAGCUCUCGAUAGGUUUAUUGUGCUAUGCUAUUGGAGAAAACAUUUUCCGGCUCCCACAAUUCCUCUCUCCAUCCAGGAUGGUUUACCAACGUACAUAGUAGAUGGGUUUAUUCUCAAGGGGGUCUUAAUAAAUGCUGAAUUGUGCUUUCGAUUGGUUAUCCCAUUCAAGAGGAGUAUCAAGUCACUACAUGUUUAGUAUACCGGGUUAAGCUUUGGCAAGAUUGAGCCGCCAGUCUGGUAAAAAUGAACGUAAGCCUUUUGUAUGAUUUAUCAUUAUCAUAAUGUUUUCACAAUCCUUCCUUUUUUUCUGGCAAAACAGGUCGGUAUUGUGGGUCGCACGGGAGCUGGCAAGUCAACUCUUACCUUAGCCUUGUUUCGUAUUCUGGAGAGAGCUGGUGGACGGAUUCUUAUUGAUGGUUUUGAUAUCGCUGCGAUCGGACUGCAAGAUCUGCGGUCACGACUCACCAUCAUUCCACAAGUAAGUGAGACUAAUUUGAUUGAGAGUAGAAAAAAAAUACAGGUCUACAAAAGACCUGCAAGAGUCUUGAUAUCCUGAAUAUAUCAUCGUAAUAAUUUUUUAAUCAUUUUAAUAUUAUUUUAGCCAUUUUAAAUAUCAUUAACAUCAUCAUAUCAUUAUUUUUAUUUGUUUUUUUUUAAUUAUUAUUUUUUCCCUUUUUACAAGAAAACAUUGAACAACCUGAUAUACCAACUGUAUCUUACUUGUUUAUUAACGGUCUACGUUUAGAAAUCGGUUUUUUUGUUUCUUGUCAUCAGCGUGAUGUGUGUGCUAAGUAUGUUCUCCAGAAAACGAAAGUGAUAUACACCGCCUAAAAAAAAGUUGUCAUAUAACUCCCCGGUCUUCCCAAAAGGACCACCCAUCUCUCUGCAACGGUCACUUUCCUCUGUCCCUAACGUGGCCUUUAUGGAGAGUUCAAAAUGAUGGAGGUGUAUCUGGUCCUUAUUUGGUCAAGCUUGGAGAACCUCCAUGAUCAGUUUAGUACAUACAGUUAUUUCAAUUUUUGUUUUAUUUGUUUAACUAUUUGCUUAUUUUGAAUAUUCUCUUCGCAGGAUCCCAUGUUAUUUUCAGGAAGUCUCAGGCUAAACUUAGACCCUUUUAAUAAAUACUCAGAUGAAGAGCUGUGGAAUGCUCUUGAAGUGGCCCACCUGAAGAGUUUCGUGUCGGGUCUUGAUAAAGGACUUGAAUUUGUCAUUCAAGACGGAGGCGAGAAUCUGAGGUAGAAUUUUUUUUCCAUUUGUUAUCAUUUGGACUCUAAAUGAAUGUAUGCCUUCGUUCAAGGAUCUGUGUUUAAGUUGUAGAAUUUAAACCACUCAAUGGCAACUCCUAAAAAAUGUAAGGCGGGGGUGUUCUAUUAGCAGGCCGUGGCAAGCUGUUGCGCUAUCUGCUUUGGUUGAUAUGACGAUUCUUUGCGAAAAUCCAUUCUUUUUACUUCUUUAUAGUGUUGGCCAACGGCAGUUGGUGUGUUUAGGACGUGCACUGCUCCGAAAGAGCAAAAUUCUAGUUCUUGACGAGGCUACAGCUGCUGUGGACCUGGAAACUGAUGAACUAAUUCAAAAGACGAUUCGGCGAGAGUUCGCUGACCGGACAGUGUUCACGAUCGCACACAGGCUCAACACUAUCAUGGACUACGAAAGGUAUCACUCGUUUUCCUGACCUUUUUGAAAUAAGAUAAAACUUAAAUGAUGAUAUGUACAUGUAAUGUUACGCUAAUUGAAAAGUUACUAAUCCAAACUUGCGAGUAUUAUUAUUAUAAGUAUUGUAAAAGCAAUCUGUUGUUACCCUUUUUUGAGAAAUUCCAGGUACCAGUAGUCCUAAAAAGACUCCAAUCGAUUUAAGUGACUAAAUCUCAUCUCAGAGGUCCAGCACACUUACCUUCGCGUUUCUCAAUAGAGCAGUAGAGGUUGACUCAAUCCUGAGUUUGAGCUGAAAUGGUCCUUUUCUUUUCUCGUCAGGGUUAUGGUCCUAACAGACGGUUCAGUAGCGGAGUUUGACUCGCCCUCAAACUUGCUGUCAAGAAGAGGAAUGUUCUACAGCAUGGCUCGUGAUGCGGGUUUGGCUUGACAAAAUUUUCUCAUAUUUUUGUAAGGGCUGAUACGCAUUAGCCCAGAGCAGGAAAGAGGUUUGGGGAAAACUCCUGUAGAGCUCAAAUUGCCAUUACCCACCCCCUUUUCUCCUUUUCAAUCAACUCAGAUAGGUCUGUCUUGGAAUUACGAUUGCGUUAUAAUCAAUUCACUACGUCUUUGAUUUUAAGAUUUAAGCGCAAUUUUUUGACAAUGUAACUUUAUGGCAAUGUAUAUUAUUAAGACAAAGUUAAUAUAAUUAUAAAAAAAGACCAAAUUGAAAAACAAAUAGGGAAAGGAAACCUUUUUUAAAAUCAAUAGAGAGAACGUAACUUGUUAUCAGUCGUUGAUGUUUAUAGAUUUUAUUGCAUUCCUAAUCUCAAAACUUCAUAGGCAAAGCUAGGAUACAGACUUAUAGGAAGCAUACAAAUAUGAAAUCGUGUUUGGGGAACUUGAUUCUCUUAGUUAAAAAAAAAGAAGAACAAAAU